ACGAUGGGGCUGCUAACGCGUGAGUGUGUGAAUGAACUGAGGACAGCCCACGACCGCGUUGCUGGAGGGUUGGAUAAUCUUGAACGGUUUCUGCAAACAAUUAACAAGCUCGUGGAACAAUCUCGAAUGGCUUCAGAGUUGAUCACCGCGGCCGAAAACACAGUUAGGGAACACACCAGUCAGAAAGAGCAGCUUCAGCAGAAGAUGCAAGACGAAGCUGUCCUGAAGGAGCAGCUGCAGAAGAUGAUAGAGGAGAAAGCUGCCUUGAAGGAGCAGAUGCAGACUCAGAUGCAAGAGAUUGCGUCGUUGAAGGAGCAGAUACAUAAGGACCAAGAAAAUGCCAUCUUGAAGGAUCAAGUAAAAUCUUUGAAGGAGGAGAUGCAGAAGAAGGACCAAGUAAAAUCUUUGAAGGAGCAGAUGCAGAAGCACCAAGAAAAUGCCAUCUUGAAGGAAAGUAAAAAAACAACCUUUUUUAAGAGAAAAAUGCCAUCAAGAAAAUGCAAGAAAAUGCCAUCUUGAAUGAGCUGAGGUGUUUAACCAGUAACAAUGAUGGC